AUGGAGAUCACUUCACGUACAUCAUCAGCGCAAUAUGUCCAAGUAGGAGUAGACAGCAAUCUAGCCAAUUCCCAUGGCGAUAAGGUGAACCAACAGAUUUCAUUUGAUCUAGUUAGUUUGUGCGAUUGCAUCAACUAUUCGUGGACUCGUCACCUACUUAAACCUGCACCAGAUUGCCCCACAGCAAACUCAAAUCAGACAUUCGCCGGCCAAGUCGUAUGGUUUAAAAUGAAACCUACUCAUACGGAAGAUGACCCAGUACCGGAUUCUCUAUCGCCUGACCAACUCCCUUCAACGCCAAUUGAAAAAGACAACGGGGAAAGUGAAGAAGAGGAGCCCGCCAUCACUCCCAGUAACUGUCUCACAAGAACAAUCGACCAACUGGACCACGCAAUCACGUCAUAUUGUCGACAUCAUAGAAAGUACAUACGGUAUGCCACCUACGGUGUUUUACUAGUCAUUUACGUAAUAUAUUUCUCAUUUGCAAUGUUGAAAGACUUUCACCGUGCGUUGGCAUUGUUGAUUUUUACCGUAUUUGCUGUCUUGUAUGUUACGUGGGGACUGAUCGAUAAAUACUGGGGUGAAGUCAUUUGCACACGUUUCUGGGAGCCAUGUUCGAGGUUCAUCAAGAGAAACCGGAGGCUGUUGUCAUGGCUUGUGUACAUACUUCUGUUAGCAGCCUUGAUUGCAUUUGCUGGUUACGUGGGAAUAUUCAAGUCAAUUACAAGCAACCCCCAACAGUUGAUAUCAGGUGUCGGCAUUGUAGUUUUUAUUCUGGCUCUUCCUGCGAUAAUUUUUUUUAGUUAUAUAAUGGAAAUGCUUUUUUAUACUGGUUUAAUGCAUUGGAUUACUGGCAAAUUUGCAUGGGCGAUGCAAUAUACUAUGGACGCUUCCGGUGCAGAGGCCAUGACCGCAGCCGCCAAUGUCUUUAUGGGCAUGACAGCGGCUCCAUUGGUAGUCAAACCGUAUCUCAAUGACAUGACAUCAUCGGAAAUACACGCUGUAUUAACAAGCGGUUAUGCAACUAUAGCCGGUAAUAUUCUUGGUGUCUACGCUGCAUUUGGCAUCAGUAUUUCACAUCUAUUAUCAGCAUCGGUUAUGUCGGCGCCUGCUGCGCUUGCUGUCUCCAAAAUAUUCUAUCCUGAGCUGGGAAGACCAAAGACUAAACAUCAAACCAAUAUGUACACACCAAAGCGGACUGAAAAGAAUAUUUUAGAAGCUGCAGCAAAUGGAGCAACAGAUGGGAUGAACAUAUGUGCGAGUAUUAUCACUCAGUUGAUAGCAAUUCUUUCUACAUUAGCGUUUCUUAACGCUGUGUUAUCAUGGCUUGGCAGCAUGGUGGAUCAUCCAGAACUCAACUUUCAGUUCCUAUGUCGUUAUGUGCUUUAUCCCGUUGCAUGGUUAAUGGGCGUCGAUCCACAAGACUGUUACAUUGUGGCUGAACUGGUUGGGGUCAAGACAUUCCUCAAUGAGUUUGUUGCAUACAAACAACUAGGUGGUUAUAUUACGAAUAGAAAUACUGGCAUUGGUCCAACAAUCUCGGUACGUUCAGAAGUCAUUGCUACCUAUGCUUUAUGUGGAUUCUCUAAUAUCGGUGGUGUUGCUAUAUUCAUUGGCGCAUUUGGCUCCCUGGUUCCUUCCAAGAAGACUGAAAUUACAGUUUUAUCUGUAAGGGCAUUGAUAGCUGGAUCAGUCACGUGUUUUAUGACGGCAUGUGUGGCUGGAGUUCUGUAUGACGAGGAGGCUCCAAGAUACUUCGAAUCUGGCAUGCCUGUGGAAUCAAUUAUAAAUUCAACAUUGUAUGGCGUCGUUAAUGCUACAAACUACACUAAUUAUACAUGA